AUACGAAGAAACACUUUUACCUAAAACAUGGAGGCAGAAAAGAGGAAAAUUAAAAAAAAGGGCUAUCAACGUGUAUCAUGGCGUCGCACUUUCUUAGAAGAAAACCUAAAAAUUGUGGGCAUCAAAAAUGUGGACGUCGCUUGCCGCCCUAUUCGACGAAAUGCGCAGAAAGAUCGAAGUUCAAUCUAGAAAUAUGUGGCAUCUAAUAUGCUCAACGAUCCUGAUUGCCAUGGUGUCAGCACAACAGCCAGGUGGUGGUCCUCCAAGAGAAGACAAUUGUUUAAUUGAUGCCAGUGUAGGAUGUUCAUAUGCAAGAGCUCCGCAAUAUCUUGUUAUUACACCUAAAAAGAUUCGACCCAAUCAAGUUUUUCAAAUAUUUGCAACCAUUUUGAAGAUGGAAUAUAAUCAAGAGUUUGUUCAUGUUAUUGUGUCUAUAAUAAAAGAUAACAUUGAAUAUGCCAACACUGCUUUACGUUUUGACAGGCCAUCUAGUCGUAUUAUGCAGCUUCAGAUGCCUUCAAAUGCUCAAGAAGGAAAAUACAGGCUUAGAGUUGAAGGACGUCUCAACGAGCAAGACACUGGAAAUAUUUGGCAGAAUGAGACAGAUAUUGAUUUCACUACUAAACAAGCUUCAUUAUUUUUACAAAUGAGCAGGCCCCUUUACAGACAAGGUCAAAAAGUGCAUUUCCGCAUCAUACCAAUAUUACCAAACAUGAUGCCUAAAUAUGGAAGCAUGGUUAUCUAUGUUGAUGAUCCAACUGGAAUCCCUGUCAGGAGAUGGCAAAGCAUUCAAACCAAUGCUGGUGGCAUUAUAAGUCAGAGUUUCACAUUAUCAGAUCAACCAAAUUUUGGAACUUGGAUUAUUAGAGUGGAAGCUUUUGGUCAUGUUUAUAGGCAUCCUUUUACGGUAGAAGAUUUUUGGGAACCACGUUUUGAUGUAAAUGUGUCAGUUCCAUCAUAUGUGAUGGAAACACCAGAAAUUUCAGUUGCUGGUGUCAUGCUUGCCAAUCAUACAAGUGGACGACCUUGUAUUGGUAAUGCUUCUAUUACUGCAUUCUUCCGACCACGAGAAGAGAUUUGGAAUCGAACUAAGGGCUGGGAAAAACCUUACUGGGAUGCUCAAGCAGGAGGCACACCAAAUUCUGGUGUACCAAUGGAAUUACCUCAAUAUAAACCUGUCCAUACAAUUCCUGUUAAAGAUUACUACAUGUACUUUGCCUAUGAAUAUAGAUUUAUUGAUUAUUUUCAAGGCCGUAUUGACUUUGAAUGGACUCUUGAGCAGCUCAUGACCAUUGCAAAACGUGGAGGUGAAUCUGGUUCUUUGGUUGACAGUGAAUUUGUUUUCUUUGCCAAUGUAUCUGACUGGUAUUCUGGCCUGAAUCGUACAGGUUGGGCUGGCACUAUCUUUUUUGACUCUAAAAUCAAAUUAAAAUGGGUUGGAGAUCAAAUCAGAACAUUCAAACCUUCUCAAGUUAUGAGAGUCCAGGUGGCAGUGACAAAAUAUGAUGGUACUCCUGUAGAAAAUGUUGGGACUGUGACACUUACUGAUGUUACCACUGAUAGCUCUGGCACUGCUGUUCAGUCAAAAAGUAACACUCAAGUUCCCAAAAAUGGAAUAGCUGAUUUUGAGUACCAACUAUCAGCCACAACACAAACUCUCAAACUAACAGCAACAUAUGCGGAUGCAAGGAAGCCUUACAGUGGUGACAACAAAAUUUAUUUGGAUCCUCGAUUCAAUUUAGGAACUACUGUUCCAAUAACGAUGUAUGCUACUCGAUAUUAUUCACCAUCUAAUUCAUAUAUCACAAUAUUGACAUCCACUGAUCGACCUCAGGUUAAUGAAUACAUGGUUUUCCAUGUGAAGACCAGUAAUUAUGUACCCAGGAUCUACUAUCAGAUUGUAGCACAAAGUAACAUAAUCAUAGGAGAUUGGCUUGAAAUGACUUCAAGACAGAAAACAUUUGCUGUUGCCCUAUCUCGUGAUAUGGUUCCAACAGCACGUUUAGUUGUUUACUACAUUAGACAGCCUGAAGAAAUUGUUGUUGAUGUUUUAAACUUCUUUGUCAAUGGCACAAGGCAAAAUUUGGUAACCUUGAACAUUAAUCGUGGUAAAGACUUCAGCCGUGAUACUAUUGAAUUUAAUGCCUAUGCUGACCCAGGCUCCUAUGUUUCAUUCAGUGGGAUGUUACUGGAUUUGUAUAGUAGAGGAUUAAGUGAUGGUAUUACAGAAAACAAACUUAUUGAUGAACUGAUGACAUAUGACUCAACACAAAAUGGCAGUUAUCGCCAUCUGUGGAGAGUCAGUGAUACAGAGUAUGAGUAUGUGUUUUACCAUGGUCCUGAUUAUGGCAUUGAUGCUAACACAAGUUUUGAUACUGCAGGCCUGCUUGUUUUAACUGAUGCUAGAGUAUCAAGACUUUACAAUGAUAAAUUUUGCACAGAUCAGAAAAGUUUCCCCUGCUUUGUUGGAAUAGAAAGUCAAUGUUUCAAACCUGAACAAAGAUGUGAUGGAACUAUUGAUUGUGUAAAUGAUGGUGCCGAUGAAUGGGGAUGUACAUUCCAAGAAUCCAAAGAAAUACAUAACCCAGCUAUGGACAGAGUUAGUAGAGUGAUGCGUUUUUAUGAUAACAGUUCGUGGGCAUGGCAAGAAAUAUUUGUCAAGCCUGAUGGUAGAGUGGAUUUCCGUGUUGAUGUACCUAAAUAUCCUCUGUCAUGGGUAAUAAAUGGGGUAUCUGUCAGUAGAGAACUAGGACUGGGCAUCAUGCUUAAACCUGUUAGGUAUGAUGCUGCCAGAUACAUGUAUAUGCAAGUUGAACAUCCUAAACACAUUAUCAGAGGUGAACAAGUCGGUGUAAGAGUGACAGUAUUUAAUUACUGGUAUGAUGAUGACUACCUUGAGGUUUUGAUAACUAUGCAUGGAGGCGAUGGCUAUUCUUUUGUGACUGUUGGUGAAUAUGGUUAUGUAACAUCUUACACGCCCCCCACUCAUAAAGGAGAUCAUCAGACUAUAGUCUUUUUAGAGCCUGGUGAGUCCAAAGAUAUUUACAUGCCCAUUGUACCAGAUGGUGGUGUGGUUAGAGGUCAAAUUGAAUUUAAGGUUUCAGCUAGUUGUUUUAUGCAAAAAGAUGAAUAUAUUGGAACCAUGUAUGUCAAGCCUGAUGGGGUCAUGAAUUACUACCAUACACCUUAUCUAAUAGAUCUGAUUAGAUUUGGUUCUAUUCAAAUUCCUCAAUUUGAUGUGCCUGUGCCUGAACAGUUUAGAAAACUUGAAGUUCGUGAAAAUCUUUAUAUCCCUCAGAGUCCUGAAGCAGUAGUGUCACUUUUUGGUGAUGUAGUGACUCCUGGCUUUUUCCAAGAUUAUCUCAAUGCUGAAAAUAUUCUGUGGAGACCAUAUGGAGGAGGAGAAAUGAUAGUAUUUAAUUUUGCUUACAAUUUAUAUUCAUUGAAAUUUAUGAAAUAUUCCCAGCAGUUGGAUGAUGCCCAAUUAAGUAAAUCUUUACAAGAAAUGAAUAUUGCAUUUCAGCGUAUUUUAAGCUACAUGAAUGCAACUGACGGUUCUUUCAAGAUGUUUAGAGAUGAUCCAAAACCAAGUUUAUGGCUUUCUGCUUUUGUUGUUAAAAUUGUCAAAGAAGCUACUUUUGGUGAGUGGGAGCGUGACCUCUUUAUGCCCAGAGAAUUAAUCAACAAGGUUGUCUUAUACAUCUGUUCUCGUCAAAAUGAAACAACUGGAGCAUUUGAACCAGAUGACAUUGAAGCUACAUAUGAUAGAAAAAUGACCCUUCUAGAAAGUUUGAAGGGAGAUAAACUCCAUGCACAUCCUAUUCCCUUAACUGCAUAUGUAUUGAUUGCAUUGAGUGAUUUACAAAACUACGUCUCUGAGGAAGCAGCUGCAUGUCGAGACACAGCUGUACGUAAUGCAGCUAAUUAUCUUUUUAACAUAGUGCCAGAAAUCAAAGAAGUUUUUCACAUGGCCAUUACGACAUAUGCACUUUCACUGACACAGAAACGUAGCCCAUUUGAAACUUUGUGGAAAAUGAAAAGAAAUGAUUCGGACUUUCUAUAUUUUAGUGAAGAAACAUCUUAUGAAAAUCCAUAUGACUUUUUAAAUAAUGUACGAUACCUAAAGCCACGUCAGGAGUUGAUGAAUGAUGCCCAUGCUGUUCAAGCAACAGCUUAUGCUCUUAUGGCACACAUGAACAGUAACUUAGGAACCAAAGUUGAGCGUGAGAUGAUGAUGGCUUGGCUAAACACAAUGAGGAAUUCUAUUGGAGGUUUUGCUGCUACUCAGGAUACUAUACUGGCAAUGGAAGCUCUUCUUAAAUUCACACAAGUUGAUCCACAUCGUAAUGUAUUUGACUUGAGCACAACUGUCGAAUCAACUUCUUCACCUUCAUGGGCUGCCACUUUUAAUUUAAAAAAAUUAGAUUAUAUUCGACUGAAGACUAAUAGUCUUCCUGCAGAUAAAGUUUGGGGUUUUAUUGUUCCUAAUGCUCAAGGAACAGGAAGAGCCUUGUUACAAUUAACAACUACUGUCAAUGUGGAAUAUAUGUGGCUUCAAAAAAAGCCAAUGCGUCCUAACAAUGACCCAAAUGAAGAGCCUAUAAAAUUUUUUGAUCUCAUUGUAGAAGACCUUAGAUUUAGUGGCAGAAACGACUCUAUUAUGGAAAUGACUAAUUGUGUUAGCUGGCUUUACACUGAAAAGAGUUUAACGUCUGGCCUUGCAGUACUAGAAGUAGAUAUUCCUACUGGAUAUGUUGUUAUGAAUGACACUUUAAGGGACUAUGUACGUUCCAAUAGAGUUCCCAGCCUAAAAAGAGCUGAACAUUAUGAUAGAAAAGUGAUCUUCUAUUUUGAAUAUCUUGAUGAAAGUAAAACUUGUGUCUAUUUUCGAGCUGAUAGAUGGUUUCCUGUUGCCAAUGCUACUAUACAGCAUCGAAUGAGAGUUUAUGAUUACUAUGAACCUGGUAUGCAUAAUACAACAUUAUACACAACACGUAACCUGUUCCUGCUCAAUAUUUGCUUUGUUUGUGGCUCCUACCAAUGUCCCUAUUGUCCAUACUUUAAUUCAGCUACAAUAAUGAGUGCUGGAUUCAGUGUAGUUUUAUUGAUGGCUGCUACCUACUUUGUUCAGAGACUGCUUCUUAGAAAUAGAUAGAUCUAAUUUUUUUUUUUUUGUAUUUUGUCAUUUUACAUUUUUUUUAAACAAUGGAACCAAUGUACAGCAAUAUUCAUACAGGUAUGGAAAAAAUAACAGAUAAAUGUGAGAAAUGUUUGUAAUUAAUUUCAUUCUGUACAUUAAAGCUCCUAUCAACAUUUAUCCAUAUAUUUUCUCUUGAGUUUUUAUACAUUCCAGUUUGAAUGACAAGGAAGUGGAAGUAACUGUUUUGAUUUAACCUUCAAAUUACCCUUUGUCAUAAAAAAAAGUACACUUUUAAAGGAUUUUAUUUCCUUUCUGCAGCAUUUUCUGCAGAUAUGAGUUGUCAAUAAUUUUUUUUUUUAGCAUUUUGUCAUUAGUGAGCUGAUGGAAAUACCUUAAUAUUUUUCUUAAUUAUGAAACAUUAGUAUGACUUUUACUCUAAAACAAAAGUUAAUGGUUAGAUUGAGGCCACACAAAGGGGAAAGCCUUGAUGUGUACCAUUAUCUUUUAUUGUUGUAGAAAAUAUUGAAUUUAAUGGCUUUAAAAACCUUGGCUAAAAAAAAUUAUUGAACAUUGUAGAUCAACAAAUUGAUAAAUCAAUAUCUCCACACUUAAUUAAAAUAUUAUUUUUUUUGUACAGAAAACAAAAUGUUUUUUAUUGUCUGAAAAAAAUGACAUUUUUUUGUGUAUUGUAAAUUGUAUGUACUUGUGUAAAUAUGAAGAUAUUCAACUAUAUUUUUGAAUAUGUUUAUUUUACAUUCCAUUAACCUCAUUGUGUUUGAUAUUUUAUCAACCUGAUAUUGGAAUAAUAUACCAGCAAGUGAACUUUUUUUUUUUCUUAAAUUAAAAAUGUUAGAAUCGUUGUUGUAUAUUCAAAUGCAUCCUUUCAUAUCAUGCCAUCAUAUGUAUAGUGAUGCUGAGUAAACUACUUUAUCUGCAAGUAUAACUGAAAUUAUUCAAUUUUUUUUUUAUUGUAUGAAUGUGUGCGAAAUAUUUGUUGACAACUUUCAGCUUGUUUCUAAAAUGUUACAUUGUACAAUUUUUAUAUCUUUUGUUUUGAAUUGAGUAAUCUGAUUAAAAUAUGAUCUGAAAACAUUUUAA